GCUUUAAAUAAGAAUGCUGGAGAGAGAAAAACAUUCAGGUGAGGAGAGAGAAAAUGUACACGAUGUCGUAGUUGGCCGGCGUUGAGUAAUUCGACCGGAAUACAAUCUUCUAAACCACCAUCCAUUCAACUCAUGCGACUUGAUUUCUGAACUGGAACUCGGAGGAGAGAGAAUUGCAUACUUUUUGAUUUCUAAGCCCUAACUCAGUUCUGUUAUUCCCAAAUUUCCAGAUGUGAGUUGUCGAUCCUCAAAAGUUGUACCAUGGAAGCUGAAAUUGUUUGCCCUGAGUCUGGUAUGGUAAAUGAGGUCAAUAUGUUUGAUCAGAUUCUUGUACAUGAUAGUCAUGCUGAAACUGAAGUCCCAUCAUCUUUGGAUUGCUUAACACCUUAUGUCCAGCUCACCCAAUGUAGUCAGUAUGGCCCGUCUUUAACAUCUCCUGUGACAACCCUUGAGACUGUGGAUACUAUUGUGUCCACCAACAAGAUUUGUGUCUACUCUACUGUUGAACCACCUAGAGUUGGGAUGGUGUUUAAGUGGUGGGAGGAUGUUGAAAGCUAUUAUAAAGAAUAUGCAGUGCAACAUGGCUUUGGUGUAACUCGUCCAUCAGGGUCCUACACCAAGGAUAAGGACAGGAGGGUGAUUAAUUGGCGAUGUGAGUGUUGGGGCCCCCCUGAUAUGAGGGCUAGGAGGGAAUCCAAGAAGAGGGAGAAAGCUAUGGAAGUGUGUGGUAAAGGAGCUGUAGCGAAUGGGGAAAUUGGAGAAAAUGAACUAAAUCGGGGGAAUAGGACUUCUAAGAAAUGUGGAUGUGAGGCUAGAAUAUAUGCAAGUGUGAAUUCACAAGGCGAGUGGGUAUUGAGGAAUGUUGUUCAAGACCACAACCACGACUUAUGUCCUACCAAGUCCAACUUAGUAAAAGAAUACCGAAUGAAGAAUUAUACAUCAAAGGUGAAGAAGAAGCUAAUGGACUAUUAUGAAGAAGGAGUUCUUGUAACACAAAUCCAUGGCUGUAUAAGCACUGAGAUGGAUGAUGUUGAUAAUUUUCCAACAGUUAAAGACCUUCAGCACGAGGUUUACAAGGAAAAGGAAAGACGUUUGAAAAUGGAAGGUGGUGAUGCUGCUGCCAUGAUGGCGUACUUUGAUAGGAUGCAAGCAGAUAAUCAAAUUUUUUUUCAUGCUCAUCGAUUAGAUGGGGAAGGCCGGUUAAAGGAUGUUCUUUGGGUUGAUUCUAGGAGUCGGGCAGCUUACGAGGAGUUUGGGGAUGUUGUAUGCUUUGAUGCAACAUAUCUUACAAAUAAAAAUGAGCUCCCCUUUGCCAAUUUUGUGGGGGUCAAUCAUCACGGCCAAUCCCUACUCUUGGGGUGUGCCUUAGUAUCACAUGAAAAAUUUGACACAUUCCUAUGGAUUUUUACACAGUGGUUAGCUUGUAUGGGCAAACCCCCGGGUGCUAUAUUGACAGACCAAGCAGCCGCUAUGAGGAAGCCUUGGCAGCUGUGAUGCCCUCUUCUCGCCAUCGGUGUUGUAUUUAGCACAUCAUGAGGAAAUUUCCGGAGAAGUUGGGCAAGUGUAAAGGCUAUGCUUAUUUUAAGAGCCCGUUAAAGACUCUCAUAUAUGAGAGCUUUACCUGUGAGGAAUUCGAGGCCCGCUGGCAUGCAUUAAUUGAGGAGUAUAAUCUACAAGAUAAUGACUGGUUGUGUGAUCUGUUUGAGGAAAGGCAUAUGUGGAUUCCGGCAUUUAUGAAGGAGCAUUUUUGGGCUGGAAUGAAGACAACGCAACGUGUGGAGAGCAUAAAUAGCUUUUUCGAUGGCUUUGUUAACAGAACUACGCAACUACAUGAAUUUCCCGAGAAAUAUACUCGGGCGAUGGGGAAGCGGGUAAAAGCGGAACUGGAUGCCGAUGCAAGAUGUGGCAAAUACCUUAGGAGGCUUGUUAGUGGUUUUAAAGUAGAGAAAUUUUUCCAAGAAAUAUACACUGAUGCUAAGUUUCAGGAAGUACAGAAGGAGUGUGCUAGGAUGGGGUAUUGUAACACCAAUGAGAGGCGAGAUAUUGGGAACAAUAAGACAGAGUAUGAACUAGAGGACCGGGUUUGGAUUAUACCAGAAGGCAAGAGUGAGGAUGUUAUUACUGACAAGAAGCGUAUAAUCCGUGUGAUAAUGAGAGUAAGGAGGUCUCUUGUGAGUGCCGCAAAUUCGAGACAUUUGGUAUAUUGUGGAAGCAUGUUAUACGUGUUUUUGACUUGAAUGGUGUUGUUGUUAUUCCCAAUAAAUACGUGCUUGAUAGGUGGAGGAAAGAUAUACCUUGGAAGCAUACCCGGGUUAAAGUUGCCUACCAUGAUCCAGGUGACCAACCGCAUGUGCAGCAGCACCGUAAACUGAUGAGGGAGUUUGAAGGAAUUUGUGACGAGGUUUGUGCAGUAGACGAUGGUGACACUAUUGAGAUGGUCGUGGGAAGUCUAAACCAGCUGCGUUUGAAUGUUAAAGAGAGUAGGAAAACCUUCCUUGUAAAGCAAGCAGCACUCCCAUCCUUACCUCCCUCAGAAAAAGGAUCAAACCAGGUGGGAACCCAAGCCCAGACACCAUCAUCUGGUGUACAAAUCAAGGAUCCUACCCCACGCAAGAAGCCUCGUGGCAGGCCUAAAGGGUCAAGGUACAAGAGUUCACAAGAGACCGGAUACAAGAAUAAGAAACAAUCUGCCAAUAACCAGAAAGCAAAUCUGGUGGUAGAGGGUAAGAGAAAAAGAUCAACACGUCAGCUUAGCAAUGUGUAUGAGGAUUGCGUAGAUCCUGACUGGAUUGAAGAGCACAGUGAGUCAGACAACUCGUACGAGUUCUGAAUGAUGUAGGAUUAUGAUCAGUAAUUUCUUGGAUACUGAAAGAUGGAUUAUUUUGCUAGAUUAUGCCAAUAACUUAUGCUUAUAUUAAAUGGGGUUAUUAGGACCUCUACUUUUGUGUAUAACUUACAAUAUGUUUUGGUCGUACUUCUAUUAAACUUAUGCUUAUAUUAAACUUAUGCUAUGACUGUAUUGGCUGAAACUUAUUCUUGAUUUGGUCGUUCUUCCAAUUUCAUGAGAUCUCCAUUUAUUUGACGAGGGAAAUACAUGCCUUGAUCCUUGAAGAAA